AUGGCAACGUCGCCAUCGCCAAAUACCGAUGAAAAGGCCGCCCGCCACCUCGGCGCGGACGACGGCACCCAUCCCCUCGACGCCGACAACGCCGCCCAUCGCGCCCAUCCAGGCGCCCCUUCGGCCGCCGCCGCCGUCAAGGACCUCACGUCGCCUGGCGUCGCCCGCGUCGAGGCCCUGUCGGCGAGCAUCUCCCCGACGGACCGUAUUUGCAUCUUUCUAGGCGUCUUCCUCCUUGCCUACGCCUACGGGCUCGACGGCACCCUGCGCUACGCCUACCAGCCCGUCGCAUCGGCCUCGUUCGGCGUCCACUCGCUUCAGGCCACCAUCAACGUGGUUCGCGCCGUCAUUGCCGCCGCCGCCCAGCCUGUGUCGGCCAAGAUUGCCGACGUCUUUGGCCGCGUCGAGCUCCUUUGCGUGGCCGUCUUCCUUUACGUUGUCGGCACCGUUGUCGAGGCCGUGUCCAACAACAUCGACACCUUUGCUGGUGGCAGUGUCAUCUACCAGAUCGGCUACACCAUGAUUAUUCUGCUCGUCGAGCUACAUCCCCGCCCUUCCUUCAUCAUCAACACCUGGGUCAGUGGCAACAUCUCGGAAGCCGUCCUCGCCGCCACCACCUGGCGCUGGGGCGUUGCCAUGUGGUGCAUCAUCUUUCCACUCUGCGCCAUGCCUCUCAUCCUCAGCCUCGGCGUCGUCGCUCGCCGUGCCCACAAGGAGGGGCGUCUGACCAACUAUCGCUCCUCGUUUGAGAUACUCGGCUUCCGCAGCUUGACUCUGGAGCUCUUCUGGCUCCUCGAUGUCAUUGGCCUCGUCCUCAUGGUUGCCCUCUUUGCCCUCAUCCUCGUGCCCCUGACUCUUGCCGGAGGCUUCCAGAGCAAGUGGAGAAGCGCGUCGGUCAUCGCCCCCCUAGUCGUCGGCGUCUUGUGCAUCCCCGUCUUCGUCCUCUGGGAACUCAAGGCGCCACACCCGCUGGUGCCCUUUUCCCUCAUCAAGGACCGCUCCGUCUGGGCUCCCCUCGGCAUCGCCAUCUUCCUCAACUUCGCCUUCACCAUGCAAUCCGACUUUCUCUUCACCGUGCUGCAGGUCGCCUUUGACUUUUCCGUCAAGGCCGCCACCCGCGUCGUCUCCCUCUACUCCUUCACCAGUGUCAUUGUCGGACCCCUCCUUGGCCUGGUCGUCUUCAAGGUGCGCCGGCUCAAGAUCUUUGUCGUUGUCGGAACCGCCCUGUACAUGGUCGCCUUUGGCCUUCUCAUCCACUACCGUGGCUCGACUUCGGGAAGCGGCCGAGCCGGCGUCAUCGGCGCCCAGGUGCUUCUAGGUGUCGCCGGUGGCAUGUUUCCAUACACCGCCCAGGCCUCGCUGCAGGUCGGACUCAAGCACGAGAACCUGGCCGUCGCGACUGGCAUCUAUCUGGCAAUGUACAAUGUCGGCUCCGCCCUUGGAAACACGGUGUCUGGGGCUAUGUGGUCGCAGUUACUCCCCGCCAAGCUGGACGAGACGCUGGCCGACCUCAACUCGACGUUGGCCGCCGCGGCCUACGCCGACCCCUUUACCAACGUUGUUGCUGCCUAUCCGGUGGGUACGCCCGAGAGGACAGCCGUCGUGGAUGCGUACCAGUCGAUCCAGCGCAUCCUCUGCAUCACGGGCGUCUGCCUCUGCGUGCCCCUCAUCUUCUUUGCCAUGAUGCUGCGCAACCCCAAGCUGAGCAACGAGCAGACGCUGGCCAAGGACAGCGCUUCUGAAACGGGGGAUGUCGACCUUGAGCGCCCUUGA